AUGCAAAACAUGGUACUCUUCGAGACAACCGAGUCCGUGAUAGAAGUGCUCUGGGACGUCGCGUUGGCCUUCUUCGUUACCCGCCUCGCCCUCGUCUACUUCGCCGUCGUCUUCGUCCCGACCUGCCUCAUAUCCUACCUCGCCACCUGCAACGACGGGUCUCUCCUGCACCGGGCCAACAUCGCCGGCGUGGUCGCCGCACAGCUGCUCGUGACGGCGCUGGCGGCCCGGGGCGUCGUCGUCCACUUUCAGCUCCCUCAUCUGAAGAGUCUGCGGCUGGCCAUCGGCGGUGUGGCGCUGGGCUUCAUGCUUGGUGCGCGGGCGCUCGUGGCGGCGGCGGGGUGGAGCCUGUUUGUCGGGGGCGGCCGGAGCACGGCACUACUACUAGCCGUGUUCGCGGCCAUGCCGGCCUUGAUGAUGGCGCUGGAGCGGAACCCUGCUAAGCACCUGGAGGAGGGCGACUAUCAUCACGAGACGGGGCUCAAGGGCUCACUUAGUGAUCGUAUGUGA